AUGUCUUCUGCCCAGCAGCGCUUGUCCCAGGUUUCUUCCCACUUCGGUGGCCAAAAAGGAGCCGCCGCUUUGACCGAGAAGCACCCCGAUGAUAUUGUUGUCACCUGUGCCCUCCGUACUGCCUUGACAAAGGGUGGCAAGGGUGCCUUCAAGGAUACUGCCGCCGCUGAUCUUCUGGCUGGUGUUUUCAAGGCCGUUAUCAAGAAGAGUGGUAUUGAUCCUAGUGCCGUUGAGGAUGUUGCGGUCGGCUCUGUCCUUCCUCCAGGUGGUGGUGCUACUGAGUUCCGUGCCGCUGCUCUCGUAGCUGGUUUCCCCGAGACAACUGCAGUCAAGUCUCUGAACCGUCAAUGCUCCAGUGGUUUGCAGGCUAUCGCUGACAUUGCCAACGCUCUGAAGUCGGGCAUGAUCGAUGUUGGUAUUGGUGCUGGUGUGGAGAGCAUGACUUCUCAGUACGGUCCCGGUGCUGUUACCGAAUUCUCCGAACUCCUUGAGAACCACCCCGAGUCCGCCAACUGCAAGGUUCCCAUGGGUGUCCUGUCCGAGGACAUGGCCAAGGACCGCAACAUUUCCCGUACCUCCCAGGAUGCUUUCGCCGCUUCCUCAUACCAAAAGGCCGAGAAGGCCCAAGCCGCUGGUCUUUUCAAUGAAGAGAUUGCUCCCCUGGAGGUCAACUGGACCGACCCCAAGACUGGCGAGGAGAAGAAAAUCACCGUCAAGGAAGAUGACGGUAUCCGCAAGGGCAUGACCGCCGAGUCACUUGCCAAGAUUCGUCCCGCUUUCGCUAAGGAUGGAUCCAUCCACGCUGGUAAUGCCUCUCAGAUCUCUGACGGUGCUGCCGCCGUUCUCUUGAUGAAGCGUUCCACUGCCGAGCGCCUUGGACAGAAGAUCAUCGGAAAGUACGUAUCUGCCAGCAUCGUCGGUGUCAAGCCCCUUCUUAUGGGUGUCGGCCCUUGGAAGGCCAUUCCCGUUGCUCUGGAGAAGGCUGGUAUCACCAAGGAUGAUGUCGAUAUCUUUGAGAUCAACGAGGCCUUCGCCUCUCAGUGCGUGUGGUGUGUGAACGAGCUUGGCCUGCCCAUUGAGAAGGUCAACCCUAAGGGUGGUGCCAUUGCUUUCGGUCACCCUCUUGGAUGCACUGGCGCUCGCCAAGUGAGCACACUCCUCACAGAGCUCAAGCGUACCAACAAGAAGGUUGGUGUUACCAGCAUGUGUGUCGGCACUGGUAUGGGUAUGGCCGCCGUUUGGGUGGCUGAGUAA